CAUAGGGAGCUUCACAUGACUCUGCUGGUCAGUCUGAGGCACUGAUGAUAAAAACAACCAUCACAUUUAAUUAGUGUAUUACAUUAAAGACCAAAACUAUUUAUGUAAGGUAUUUGUUUUCAGUAGAAUUAUUUCUGAAAAGAUCUGAAAUGGGAAAAGCUGUCCGAGUGCUUUACUGCCUGCUGCUGACGCUGGAGGUUGUUACAGCACAAACAGGGAGUGUUAAGAGUGCACUACCAAACUGGCUCACUGGCAUCAUCGCUGUUGCUGUGUUCCUCUUCAUGGUCUUUAUUACCUUCAUUGUCAACAAAACCUGGUGUAAGGACUCAAGUCAGGUGGAUAAGGUCAGCAUAACAACCAACGAAUACGCCAUGACCAAUGGGUCAAACACAAAUCUGGAUUCAGUCAGGAGUCAUGAGCACGGUAAUGCUUAUGAGAAUGUGAUUUUUCACAAACCUGAAGAAACUGUGACAGCCAUGUGAAUGUGGGAAAACGUUCGACAGUCUGUUGGUUGCGGUGUUCAUCUGAACCAGGAGUAAACGCUAAUCUAAUCUGGACAAGUUACAAAUUAUUAAUCAUUAGAGUUUCUCUUACUUUUAUACUUUGUACUUUUAUAAAUCGACACACACGGGAGAAUUUCAUACUCAUUUGUUACCAGUCAGCACUGUGUGUGCUAAUGGGACAAUCAGUGGACUAAACUUAAACCAUAAGGUUAAACACAUGAAUGCAUUAAUACAAAUGUAAAUUGAUUUUAUUCAAUAUUUCUUUGUAGAACUGCAGCUGAAUGCAAGCUGCUGAAAUCCUGAUUUGCCUAUAGAUAAUACUAGGCUAGAACAGCCUUAUAUUUUUCUGAAUUGCUUCUAGGAAUAAUGGGG